AUGGCGAAUCCCUGUGGUGAAUUCCGGAAGGAUAUGCAGAAAUGUGUCGCGCCAACAGGACCACAGGGAACAACCUUGCUACCGGCCUGUUCCGUGGCGCCGAUUCAAAGCCAAAGCGCACCUGCAACGCCAAUGCGACCACGAUCACUUUAUACAGCGCACAGUUAUCAUGCGCAGACCGAGGAUGCUAAUUUUCAACGGUACAAUGAAUUUUCCAAGUACUUCGAAACACCACCAGCGGACCAAUGGAGCGGUAUAACGGGUGCAACUACUUAUUCGAGUUCAGCGGCGAUUUGGAGACAGCCAAGAACUCCUAAAACAAUGGCCACUCCGUAUUACACGACGGAGGAGGCCUGCCUUUAUACAGAAAAUUGGAGAGAACACGAGACCGAUGCAACUGCAGGAGGUGCUGUUGCCACGCCACAUGGUACCAUUUCCCUGAGACUUCGCAAUAGGAUCCGAGUUGACAUGACGGUCGAUCGUGCUGUAAGAGUGAUCAAUUUUAAGGACUUUUCAUUAAGUGUUUUUUACUCCGGCUCGCGACAUGGAUCGUCGUGUUUGCAAGAAGCAGCCACAGCUUUGGGAGCUGCUCAAUAUUGGAUGACGGAUGAAGGUGUUGAAAACUGGAUCAUAAAUAAUGUCAGAAUUUCUCAGACUCCAGAUGGUCUUGUCAGAAUUGCACGUAAUAGCAACAAGUAUCAGCUACGAACGUCACCUAGCAAUGGAACAGCAUCCCUGACAACUCCGUUUCUACAUUGCACAGCAUCGUUGGGUCAAACGUCUCAUCUAUUUGUACGUCGAGGAGAACGGCGCAUGCAUUACGAUGGAACAAGUUUUAUUGUGCGCAAUGCAGGACACAGUGCUGGAUUUGAUGACAAUGACCAGUUAAAAGUCUAUUGAAAAGUUCAAAUAUCUAUUAGAUAUUGCCAUAAGAUUAUAUUUUUUAAUUACAAACGUGUGUGUGUGUGUGUGAGUGUGUGUGUGUACAUGGGCGGGCGCGCGCGCAUGUGUGGCAUAGUCAACAAUUAAAUAUAUUUAUCGCUAAAAGCCGCUUGAUGAGUAACAUCAAAGGAGAUUUUAUAAUAAAAAAGCAAUAUACUAUUUUAUAUACACAAACUACAUAUAUAUAUAUAUAUAUACACAUAUAUAAAUAUGUAUGUAUAUUUGUCUAUAUAAUUAUAAUUAUGCUAUAAAAAAGAUCAGACAAAAGCACUGCAGGUUAUUGUGUAACCAACUUUUUUAAGUUUAGAAAUUUAAUUGAAUUGCAUUUCCAACGCACGUUUAGGAAUUUAAUUUAAUCGCUUUAAUGUCCAUAGGCCAUAACAUGUGACAUUAUCUCUAAAAAUAUGAAAUCUUGUCAUAUUCAAGCAGAAGCUAAAAUUGUUAAAUUUGCAAUAAUUAACAUUUUCCAUAAGUCAUGUUCUUUACUGAUAUUUUGUGUGCUUAAUAAUAAAUGUGUAAAAAGCUACAUAU